CUCCCACCCAGUUUCCGCCAUGGACUUUGUCCUCGACGUUUGUGACGACCUCUUCCUCGACAAGAUUUGGGCGAAACUCGUCCCCCUCUCAGCUUUCACCGCGUCGCCCGAGUUCCUCCAAUCCCUGAACGCGUCUUCCUCUUAUGUCCCUGUCACGUCUGCAUCCAAAUGGUCCCAAUUAGUCGCCUCCUUGCCCCACCCACCAAUUCCCGCAACAGAAAUCGCCUCGUACGCCGCCUCCCAGUCAAUACCCAACAUUUCUGCAUGGCCACGGAACUACAUACCGCGCCAGAUCCUCUCACUAUCCGUCCUCACACUCGUCGGCAUUCAUGUGCUGUAUUUCCUAUUUGCCUCCCUGUCAUACUACUUCAUCUUCAAUCACGACAUGAAACGACACCCACGGUUCCUCAAGAACCAGAUAAGACUCGAGAUUCAAUCAAGUCUCAAAGCAUUCCCUAUGAUCACACUUCUCACACUACCAUGGUUCCAAGGAGAGGUGAUGGGCUACUCCAAAUUGUAUGACGGAUUGGAUACCUAUGGUUACAUCUAUCUCGUUGCAUCGGUCCCAUUCUUCCUGCUAUUCACCGACUACUGCAUCUAUUGGGUCCAUCGCUGGUUGCACAUUCCUAUUUUCUACAAAUACCUCCACAAGCCGCAUCACAAAUGGAUCAUUCCAACCCCAUUCGCCUCGCAUGCCUUCCACCCAGUGGAUGGAUACCUGCAAUCGGUCCCGUAUCACCUCUUUGUCUUCUUGUUCCCACUACACCGGAUGGUGUAUCUGGUUCUCUUUGUAUUGGUCAACUUUUGGAGCAUCUUCAUCCACGACUCUGACAUGGUGACUGGACACCCGCUCGAGAAGAUCAUCAACGGACCUGCUCAUCACACUCUCCAUCAUAUCUACUUCACCGUCAACUACGGCCAGUACUUUACAUGGGCUGACCGGGUAGGUGGAUCGUAUCGACAGCCCGAAUCGCACCUGGAUCCUUUGCUGGAGGUGAAAGAUGCCAAGAAACAGGAUUAAACACCUAGUUUCUUUGACUGGUAUUUAUUCCUCGAACAGCGCGCAUUUUCGGCAUCACCAUCCAUCAUCAGGACUGUAUCUGCAUCAUAUGCCCAAA